GGAAGGUAUGCCGGUUACAUCUUCUCCGUGAAGGGACGCCUGUUACUUUCAGCCGUGCUACCGCCGGUAGGACCUGCAGUGAAGCAUUCUCAAAACAUCUUCGCCGGUAAGCCUUCUCAAAAGGCUUUUCGGUUGCCUGCAACAGGGAUCAUAUAUCCAUGGCAGCAUCAAAGGCAAUUCAGUCCAUUUGUUUCGUGAUGUGAUUGUUGAGGGUCAAAUAUAUUCUAUUGCCAAUUUUGAAAUCCUUGAAAACAGAACCCGUUUUCGUGUAGUGGGAGAUAACAAACACAUGAUUCAGAUUAAUUCAGAGUCAACUGUUAAGCCUGCACGUGGUCAAUUGCCUAACAUUGCAAUGCACCGUUUUGAUUUAUUAGAUUUUGAUAAAGUUCCAAUGAGAAAAGGCCUAGACUACAUCCUUACAGAUGUUGUGGGACAAGUUUGCAGUGAGGGAGAUGUGAUCAAUAAGAACGUGUAUGACCAUACUGUGAAAAGUCUCAUGCUAGAAUUGCAGGAUUUGCGAGGUGCAAAAAUGAGAAUAACACUUUGGGGAAAAAGUGUUGAUGAUUAUACUACCCAAAAAGCUCCACUUCUGGGAUCUGUAAUCGUUGGGGUGUUCACAUCGAAUCUGGUGAAAGAAUAUAUGAAGGCCACUACAUUGUCUUCAACAACUGCAACUAAGGUGUUCUUAGACGUCAGCAUUGACGAAGUUGCUGCACUUAAAAAUAAGUAUAGUGACCAGUUCCAAAUGAAACCCCUAUUGGUCCACAAACCAGUUGUAGAUCGUGACACAGUUCUUUCUGGGUUGAAGACCAUCGCUGAGAUUUUGAAUAUUGCGUCAGGCGACUUUAAAACUGGUGCACAAUAUUACUGCCAUGCAAUCAUAGAAGACAUAAGCAACAAGAAUGGUUGGUAUUAUAACUCAUGCGGAGAAUGCAAGGGAAUAGUUAAGCCAAGUGGAACAAAGUUUUGGUGCAAAAAAAAACAAGAUUAGUUGAUGACGCCGUACCCAGGUAUCGACUUGAAGCUAUGGUUAAAGAUAAAACCGAGGUUACAAAAUUUGUUAUCUUUGAUGAGGAAGCUGAGAAGCUAAUUGGCCAAUCUGCUAUUAGCCUGUAUGAUAUGGAAGAUAAAAAUGAGGAUGAAGAUUCACAAGGCCAAUUACCUGCAUUGAUUGGAAAUCUCAUUGGACAGACGUAUGUGUUUCAUGUCAGACUCACUGAAUACAACAGAACAGCAUAUACGCAGAGCUUCGGUGCAUCUAAAGUAUACAAUGAAUCUAUACUUGGCCCAAUGGAAAAUAAAGAGACACAUGAACAUGCCUCUACAAGUAUCCCAACCAGUUCACCAGUCACGGAAGAGAAUUCCAAUAAAAGGAGGCGUUUAAGUGAAAACACUGAUGCUGCUAUUCCGACACCUUGAAGCAACCAGCUGCAGCAUUCUCAGGCAGAGGAAUUUUCCUAGCAAUAAUGGAAUAAUGUUUCUACAAAUAAAGUUUAAGUGUGUUAUCAGUAUUUAAAUUCCCACGUGGUAUUAGUCACCACGUUUAGAACCAUAUAUAUAUUAUUGAAGUGUCAAGACUAUAUGUACUCUUGGUUUUCAGCACAUUUCAUGAUUUGAAUAAAUCAUUUUGAUAUUC